CGCUUCCGGCGGAAGUGAGGCCGAGUUUAGGACCUAACCUGACGUGGGUCAGGCAGUCGGGCUGGUUCCCCGGCGCCUCGGCCUGCUCUCGCCCUUUCCCGCGGGGCCCGGAGCCCCUCUCUCCUCCGCCACCAUGCUGGACUUCUUCACCAUCUUCAGCAAAGGGGGCCUGGUGCUGUGGUGCUUCCAGGGCGUGCGCGGCCCCGCGGCGGCCUGCACCGCCCCCGUGAACGCGCUCAUCCGCUCCGUCCUCCUCCAGGAGCGAGGUGGCAAUAAUUCUUUCACCCAUGAAGCCCUUACGCUGAAGUACAAGCUGGACAAUCAAUUUGAGCUUGUCUUUGUAGUUGGGUUUCAGAAAAUCCUGACUCUAACUUACGUGGAUAAGUUAAUAGAUGAUGUCCAUAAGGAGUUCCGAGACAAAUAUCGAAAUGAGUUCCAACAGAAGGGAACUCUUGGGAUUCUCAAUGGCACCUUUGAUUUUAAAGAAGAUUUUUUACAUCUCCUACGGGAUGCAGAGGAGAGCAGUAAAGUCCGAGCUCCCACUGCCAUGAAGACUUUUGAACAGUCAGCAAAGUCCCAAAAAACAGUGAAAUCUAUGAUAGAAAAUCGAGGAGAGAAACCAAAAGAAAAAACUAAGAAUAAGAAAAACAAAGGUUCCAAAAAAGAAGCUCCUGGAGGUGAAGCAGUUGCAACCCCCAAAACAGUCCCCAGUGUCAAGCAGGAGCCUGCUGCUGCAGCAGGGGACAGAGAGGAACUGACUAAGGAUGAGAUUCUGCAGAGGAACCGAGAGGAAUUCUUCAGGAAGCGCAUGAAAGUGGGAGAGAAGUCUAACAAGUCCCCAAAGCCAGAUGCUCAGAAGGAUAAGGGGAAGAAACCCAGAGUAUGGGAUCUGGGGAACUCAAAUGCCAAAGUACUUGAUUAUAGCAACUCUACUUCCAAUGGAAAUGCAGACACUUGCCCCAUGGAGGAUUUUGAUGCAGAAAUGCUUGUCAGGGAUCGCAACCAUGAGCCUGGUCUUCUUCGUGAAAUUGAAUGUGAGAGUGAAGAGGAGAUGGAAGAAGAGAAGGUGGUUCAAAGCUCCUCAAGCACAAGUGCCAAGAAAGGUGGUCUUGGGGGCAUGUUUGGGAUGCUAAAGGGCCUCGUGGGCUCUAAAAGCUUGGCCAAAGAGGACAUGGACCCAGUACUGGAAAAGAUGAAGGAUCACCUGAUUGCUAAGAAUGUAGCUGCUGAGAUUGCUGUUCAACUGUGUGAAUCCGUUGCAAAGAAGUUGGAAGGCAAAGUGAUGGGCACUUUUACUACGGUGACUUCAACGGUCAAGCAGGCCCUCCAGGAGUCUCUGGUGCAAAUCCUACAGCCCCAACGUCGCGUGGAUGUCCUGCGUGAUGUGAUGGAUGCCCAGCGCCACCGCCGGCCCUACGUCAUCACAUUUUGCGGUGUCAAUGGAGUGGGGAAAUCGACCAAUCUGGCCAAGAUUUCAUUUUGGCUCAUUGAAAACGGGUUUAGUGUCCUGAUUGCUGCCUGUGAUACAUUUCGAGCUGGAGCCGUGGAGCAGCUGCGGACUCACACCCGCCGCCUGAAUGCUUUGCAUCCUCCAGAGAAUCACAGCGGCCGCGUCAUGGUCCAGCUCUACGAGAAGGGAUAUGGAAAGGAUGCUGCGGGCAUUGCCAUGGAGGCCAUUCUGUAUGCACGAAACCAAGGUUUUGAUGUGGUCUUGGUGGACACAGCUGGCCGAAUGCAGGACAAUGCCCCUUUGAUGACAGCUCUAGCCAAACUCAUUGCAGUCAACACCCCUGACCUUGUCCUGUUUGUGGGAGAAGCCUUGGUGGGAAACGAAGCUGUGGAUCAGCUGGUCAAGUUCAACAAGGCCCUUGCUGAUCACUCUAUGGCUCAGACCCCGCGCCUCAUUGAUGGAAUAGUACUCACCAAAUUUGACACGAUUGAUGACAAGGUUGGUGCUGCCAUCUCCAUGACGUACAUCACUAGUAAGCCCAUUGUGUUUGUGGGUACCGGACAAACCUACUGUGACCUGCGUAGCCUUAAUGCCAAGGCUGUGGUUGCUGCUCUCAUGAAAGCUUAAACCACCAGUUAUUGCACCAAAUUCCUGUCUGCAGAUAUCUCAGAAUGUGCUUUUCCAAUGUGACUGUCUUAGCACUUUUCUAUUUUCUCAUAGUGUGACACAGAAUGAAGGGAUGCUAGAAGGGGCUGUUUUACCCGUCUUUUCAUCUUUGUCUUGGUUUCAUCAAUACACAUAACUUCCUCUUA